AUUGUGCGAAUGGCAUUGGGUACGCAUGUACCUUCAACACCAAAGCUAUAAAAACCGCAAGAGAUAGGGCGACGUGCACAUUCAAAAUCAGUUGACAGUAGACUCAAGUAUCAUGGAGAUAAAUAGCGGCAUACAUUUUGCAACCAAUUGGCGAAUCUGGCAGAUGGUGGGAGCAGUAGAUCUGAACCGCUGGAAUCUGAGAAACUUUCGUUUUUGGGUGGCUGCAUUUUGUAAUGCCUACAGCAUAGCAUUCUCCAUGACGAUAAUAAUCGGAAUGUUCAGCUUUGACAAUCCGUUGGAUAAUAUUCUGAACUUUACCAUAGUUUUGACCACCGUUGCUACCGUUUCCAAGUUUUUCAUCUUUGUCAAGCAGCUAAAUAGAAUACGAUUAAUCGAGCAAGAGCUGGCGGAAUUGGACAGUCAAAUUGAUACGGAUGAUCAGCGUAAAUUUUUUAAGCAGCUUAGUAAUGAGCUCUUCUAUGUUACACGCUUGAUUAUCGGUGCCUACGUCGUCAUAGCAAUCACUGUGAGCACUACCUUUUUGUUGCGCGAUCCCAGCCGUUGUCUUCUACCCUUUCCCGGCUGGUUCCCAUUGGAUUUGAAGGCAUCGCGCAGAAACUACUUGACUGGCGUUGGUUUUCAGCUAAUUGGAAUUGUAGUACAAUUGCUCGAGAACUGUGUGGAUGACUUGUUCCCACCUUUGGUGCUCUGCAUUAUAUCUGGUCAUUGCCAAAUGCUUAUCAUGCGUGCCUCCAGGAUAGGACACCAUGAACAGAACCAAUGUGCAAAUGAGCAGCAGCUUAUUAAAUGCAUAGAGGAUCAGGAGAAACUCUACAAAUUACUACAAUUGGCGAUGGCUGUUAUCUCCUGGCCGCUCAUGGUGCAGUUUAUUCUGAUUGCCGUUGAUUCAGGCGCCUCUUUGUGCGCUUUGCUUUACUAUGUCGAUAGCAUGCAGGAGCGCCUAUAUUACAUUUCCUUUAUAUUCGGACUUUCCCUACAAGUAUUACCAGUUUGUUAUUAUGGAACCGAAAUCGAGCAUCACUUCUCACGUCUGCACUACGCGGUCUUCUGCAGCAAUUGGCCCGAUCAGUCUUAUAUAUAUCGCAGGAAUGCACUCAUCUUUGCUGAACGCACACAACGCGUACGGCAAUUGUUAGCCGGUAACCUUAUACCUAUUGCCUUAACCACAUUUGUGACAAAUGCUAAGACGGCGUAUUCCUUCUGCACCUUGAUAGCAGACACCAAUACUACUAAAUAAA